AUGGAGGUAGCAGAACCGAAGAUACUGGCAACGCUGCCCAGAAAUCCGCAGGGGCCGACCGACAUCAAAUUCGGCAGUGUCUGGGGUUGGCGCAGCGGUGUGAAGAGAAAACGAUAUGAGGUCUGCGCUGCUGUGGAUGGGAACUGCGUCAAUAUCUACGAGGCUCAAACUGGACAAGUUGUCUUUUCGCAUGUCGUCCCACCUACCACUCAAUUCGUCGGCCCACCAUGUUCGUUGCGAUGGAAAAGCGCCGGCGUUGUGCACCGUCAAACAUGCUAUGUGACCGAAGGCACACGACCCACCCUACAUAUGGUCAUCGCAAAAGACAAGGACGUCGGAAAGCCUGUAUCAGUGGGGCUUGAGUCCUCAGCCAGUCCGGUCGCGCACCUUGACAUUCAGAAGUCGGACGCCUCAACGACUAUCAUAGUCGUGCAGCACGAUGGCACCGUGACAACAUUGUCGGAUGACCUUCGGACUGUUGCGACGGGAGAAGUGAAGUUGCAGCCCUCGGAACCAAUGGAGAUCAUGGCCGCUAGCGUGGUCAGUGCAAAACAUGCUCAAAAGACGAUACUCAGCGCGAGGUCCGACCUGCUGAGCAGUAUAGAAAGCGACACUGCGAUUCUCAUCACCCUGAGCGAAUCACCGGAUGCAUCUACACUGUCCAAGAAUGUGACAUAUUGCGCCUGGACAAUACACCUUGGUCGGAAGGGGCAGUUGCAGGGCAAACUCGAUGUCCAGCAAUUAUUCGAGCACAACUUGAGCAGAAUCUCUCCCUCCCUGGACGCUCGGGACUCGGUCGUACUCGCCGUCAAAUUCAGCAGCAGAGAAACAUCGCUCGACAUCCGACUUUCUUCUGGCUUUCUACGGUUCGACUUGCAGACAGCCUCCCCUCGUCCGAUCUCGAACGCGAAACGCAUUCUAGAUGACUCCUCGGACACCAUACCCCUAUCUCGAUCGCAUGUACUAGCUGUGUACCCUGAUUCGCUUCGUCUAGUCGAUGUCAACUAUUCCGCGCUUCAAAGCAGUGUGGCCACGUCAGCGAAGCGAAGGGCUGAUGGCUCUGUUGCUGCCAGAAAGGUAGAGCUCAUCUGCUACUCGGCUGGCAUUGGUCGGGUUCUAGCGCGCGAUGCGCAGCGAUUGCUCGCAGUAGACAUCACCACCAGUCAGGGCAAACAGCAUCAUCUUCCGACAUCUACACUAGCGCAAAAUAUUGGACGAGGAUCUACAAAAGCGGAUAGCGGCUCCAACCAGCUUACUGUUAUUGAAGCCACUGUUGGAGGUGCACCGCCGUCAGUACCUCUGCCCGUGGGUUGGGAGAAGAAUCUGGAUGGCUUGAUAAAGGAUAAGAAGGUUUCCGACUUCGAAGAUAUUGUGAUACGAAGCUUCAAUCUUGAGACACCCUCGGGGAUACAGGCGUCAGCACUUCUACCACGCGAAGUCCUCCAUUUUGUGCUGGACCGGAUUUUCGAGUACCACCCACCUGGCGUCGCUGGAGAUCUGCCUUCUUUGAGUUUACGAUUCGUUCCGCAGCGCCUCUUGCGAAUACUAAGUGCGCAGGCAUCGUUCCGACUGUCGACAUUGCAACGUGUGUUUAGGGAACAUCAGAAAAGCAUCCGGGAUGUUGCAUAUACCGCCAUCAUUGAUGCUUUAUCCGAAGCUGAUCCUUCCCUGGGAAUGGUAGAGACCUAUGCAAGGUACGUGGAGACACCCGACGCCGUGGAGAGAGCCUACAUCCUCCGCUAUCUGUUGCGACGAGUACUGGACGAAAGGUCGGAUGCGGACCAAACGGGUCUCAUAACUGCCGCGCCUGCUGAAGAUAUGGAGAUCGAGCAGCAGCAACUCGAAGGCAAUCGCAGUGGCACGACACCAGUGCUAGCGACCUUGGAAGCGGCUGUGAUCGCAUCGAUCGAGCGCUUCGGGAGUUUGCGACAGUCAAUGAUUUCUUCAAAUCUCAAGACUUGCUUCACAAAGACAGACAUCUUCAGUCUGGUCCAGCUGUUGAGACAGCAAUUGUUCAAAGCCGGUUACACAGGGUUCACGGCUCCGGACUCGGCCGCUUCGCCCGAGCCAUUGUUCGUCUCCCUACCAUCCGCGGUAAAGAUACUCUCUGGCUGUAUUGAUGCUUGUGGCCCCCUAGAUCUGAUCGGCGGUGAUGAAGAGGACGAUCUGGAGAGCAUCAUUCCCGACCUAUUGUCCGAGAUGACGCUCGCUACCCGGUACAUCGAAGAGUCAGCAGACUUGCAGGGCAUUCUCCGAGAGACGCUCCGCUAUGCAGAGUCUCAAGAGAUGGCAACAUCGGAGCGCAAGGCGAUCACAGACAAGUCCGAGAACUCGCGGCGAAGGGGAGAGAUUGUGACUCUGUAUGCACAGAGAACGGAAGAUGAGGAUAUCAAUGGUAUGCCCAGUGCCUUGCCAUUAAGUCUGCGGGUCGAGGACGCCAUCAAGCCGACCCGAGUGCGCAAGGGAGGAGGGCAGCUGAGGGAGCGAAGUCAGCGGGAGAUUCUCAUGUUGCAGCAUCGGCAGAAGGGGCCAUAUAGCUUUGAGCGGUUGGUUUUGUAG